AUGCCCCCGGUGACCAUGCUCUUUGCCUCCACGGUGGCCUUCCUUGGGGCGGACGAGGCGAAGACGACACCCGCCUUCUGCGGGCUCAUCGCCUUUGCCCUCGCCGCUUUGUUGUUCCUGGUGCUCGACGAGCUGCUGGUGGAGGCUCACGAGAAGGAGGAGAGUGAGGGCUGGUCCGUCUCGGUUUUCCUGUACUGCGGGCUCCUGCUGAGCAUCGGCUGCGACGUUCUGCUGUGA